AUGGGAUUGAGUCAAGCCUCCAGCGUCACUCCAGACGUUAACCUGGUGGUGACAAGCAACCAUCCCAACACCUCUGGCACCUUGCCAACCUCAUCUCUCCCUCCGUCAUCCUGCAGCAUUGAUGAAUCCUACAAGUACGUCUUCCUGCCCGUCUGCUACUCCCUGACCUUUCUCUUUAGCCUCACCCUCAACUCUGUGGUGUUGCUGCGCUCCUGCCGCCACCACGGUGGCUGCUGUGGCGGCGGCGGCGGUAGCAGUGGUGGUGGGCGGCGCUGGAACACCUCACUGAUCUACAUGGUGAACCUGGCGACCACUGACCUGAUGUAUGGCCUGUCGCUGCCCUUUCUGGUGGCCAGCUACGUACUGAGGGACAGCUGGGUGUUCGGGGACUUCAUGUGCCGCCUCGUACGCUUCCUCUUCUACUUCAACCUCUAUUGCUCCAUCUUCUUCCUCACCUGCAUCUCUGUGCACAGGUACCUGGGGAUCUGCCAUCCGAUGAGGACCAUCACUCUAGAGAGCAAGCGGGUGGUGAAGGGGACCUGUGCAUUGGUGUGGGUGGUGGUUUUCAUUCUCACCUGCCCCAUCUUCAGGUUUGCCCAGACUGGAUACAUCAGGCGAGGAGGUGUUGGUGUUCCCGGGCCUGGAGAAGCAAAGGACGACGGGAACAGGACUGGGGAACAGGACGUGGAGGGGUACAUGAACUGCUGGGAUGACGCCAUCGAUAAGGAGUUUGCCGACUAUGUCCCAUACGGCAUCGUCCUCCACCUGUUGGGCUUCUUUGUGCCCUUUGUCAUCAUCGCCUGGUGCUACUCUCAGGUGGUCAGGACGAUAUUUCAGACCCUGCGCUCCCCUCCCAGCUCAGUAGAAGGCGGCGAGGAUGGUCAGGUGGGUGAUGGGGCAGCAGAAGGAGUUAGAGAGCGGGAAAGAACCUCUGUCUCCAUCUCCGGAUCCCAGUACUCCCACUACAUCCGUCGGCGGCGGAAAUCCAUAAAAACCAUUGUUACUAUCACACUGCUGUUUGCUCUCUGUUUCCUGCCCUUCCACGUGACCCGGACACUGUUCCUGCUCCUGCGGCGGGGGCAGCUCGGUGGCUGCAACGCCAUGAAGACCGUCUCCAUCUGCUACAAGGUCACUCGGCCGCUUGCCUCCUGCAACGCCUGGCUCAACGCUCUCCUCUACUUCCUGACGGGGGAUAAAGGCGCCCCCUGCUGCUGGCCGGUAGAACGCACUGUCCGCCGAGACCGCCGGAGUGGCUCCCUCUGGUGGCCGCUGAAGAUCCUAAAAAAGGACGGAGUGGGAGAGGAUGACCAGGAGGCAGCUGAGAAAGUUGAAAGGGAGGUGCACAUGGAAAAUGAGUCAAAAUCUUCAAGAAUAAUCUUCUAG